CACAAAUUCACUCACGCGCCACCCAACGCAGCAAGGAUGAAUAUAAUGAAAGAGCGAAAGGUGUAUGCAAGAAUAACUGAAUAAACUGAGUGUUGAAAUAAAUCAACCCAGAACUGCUUGGCCCAGUAUCAAUUCGUACGUUCCCCAUAAUGUCUGCCAUAAUAGUGGAUACGUCGUGGUCGCCGUGUACGGAAGCAAAUCAGUAGAAGCAGGAAUUCAAAGGCUCAGUGCUCUAUGCAAUAGUGAAUGUAGCAAAAGAAAAAAGAAUAUAUAUACAUAUAUGUACACAUAUAUCUAAGGAAAAAGAAAAGAAUGUACAAAAUGCACCAAAAGUAGUGAAAAGCUUUGUUUUUCUACAAAAUUUUGCACAAUUUUACGCGAAACGUUCGGAGAAUGUCUAAAAAAUUUAUGUAAAAUCGAAAACGAAAUAAGUAUGUUUAAAACGAAAAUCGCCACAAAGUGCUCGAAUAUAGUGCGGAAAAUAGUGUGAGAAAAAUUGCAUAAGGGACCUUCUGUCAAAGCCAAAAAUGAAAGUGUGUCGGUGCAUGUACAAUAAGAGAACUGCAUAAAGGAAGCCAAAUUAAAUGUGAAAGUUAAAAAAAAUAGUGUGAAUAAAUCUAUAAUACAACAACAAGCUUUAAUAAAGUGAAAUUACAACGCCGAAAACUUGUAUACGUAAAUGUAUUUGUUGUAAUUUGUAGUGAUGCGCUAUUGUGAUAAGAUUUUUCCCCAACCCUAAGCACAAAAAGAAUAUAAAAAAUUUAAAACAAAAAAGCACAGACGAAAGUAUUACCCAAAACAAAAAGAAAAAAAAUAUGUAUACAUAUAUAUUUAGUGUAGCAGUUACUUACUAGACUUUAACGGUAACUUUUUUACUAAUUGGUUACUCCGUGAAGAACGAAAACCGAUUUCCAAAUUCCUGUAUAGAAAAGUAGUUUUCGACUUGUGUUCAUUUUUGGAAUUCGCUAAACUUUCGAAUAUGCUUUUGUGAAAAAUGUGAUUUUGGAGCAACUCCAGUGAGUUAAAAGACCAAAAAACCCACACAAAAAAAACAAAAAGCGUAAAAACAACCAUAAAACCACAAUCCAAUCCCCGAAAGCACAAACUAAAUCUCUAAGAAAAAAAUCAUUCUGUCAAAUCUUUUGUGUACAAAAACAAAAAUACUUCUGACCGCUGCACUGCCAACUAAUUGCGAAAAAUGAUUUUAAACUCCAGAGAAUUUCCACAAAUCCGUGUACGUUAAAAGCAAGGCGAAAGUGAGGUACAUACGUAAAAAAGCUUAAAUCCAAAUCCUCUAAGUUCAAAAUAGCAACAACUGCAAAGCGUACACAGAACAAUGGGUGUGACGGUGUUGCACAGUAAAAUACGUAAAAAUUCCUUUUUAUUGCCACAAACAAUAUCGAACAGUCAAAUGCGUUUAAUAGUCGUAGCAAUUCAAUAAUUUAUCCUGAGAAUUUAAAUAAAUGAACUGUGAUUAUGAGUUCCACAAAAUCGCAAGUAGCAGUCGCUACAAAUAUUCCAAGUCUAUCAUCAUCAUCACAAACUCAAAAAGAGUACAGCACUGAAGAGUCUCUGGGUCGACAAAAUAGUUUUGGCAAUAACCGCAGAGGUAACAUGAAGGGCAAGCAUUUGACGCGCAGCCACGCCAUGCGUGAGGCCACAUCGCCGCCACGCACUCCAACACCUCGUGCCGAGCACGGACAGGUGUCACCGAAUGGUCAAUCCUCUAACAAUUACCAGCAGCAGCAGCAUCAUCAUCAGGCGCAGCAGCAACAGCAUAUGGAUGGCAAUGAGAAUGCACACAAUAAUAACAGCAAUGGCAGCAAUAAUAAUAACAACAACAAUAACAACAAAUUGCAUGCACAAUCAAAUGUGGCGCGUGGCAAUUCGCCGAUCAUCGAAGCGCCUGCCGUCAUAGUGACCAGCCAGCAUAGUCAGCAGCAACAGCAGCAACAACAACCGAACGUUGCGCUCUGCAAUGAAGCUGAGUUCCCCAAACUGACACCGCCGAAGUCGACUAAAGGUGGUGGCGGCGGUGGAGGCGCUGGCCAAAGAAACAGCAAUAAUAACAACAGCAACAACAAUAGCAAUAAUAGCAACGGUGUAACCGAUGGCAACAACAAACUGGAAUAUAACAACAAUAAUGGCAGAAAAAUUGCAAACAGCAACGGCAGCACCGGCGGCGGUAGCGCGACCAACUAUGAUUCAACCAAGGGUGCAGCCACAAACAAUAAUAACAACAGCAACAACAAACAUCAGCAAUACAAUGCAAGCAACGCACUGCAUCAAGCGCUCAGCGUAGGCGAGAGCGCGGCGCGUGGCGGUGGCAGCAGUGGUGGCGGCGGUGCUGGCACAACGCUACACAAUUCCGGCAUGAACUAUCAGCUAAACACCAACGACAACCCACAGCAGUCGCAUCACCAGAUCGCCUACGACAAGGAAAAUCGCUGCCCACGCAACGAUAGUCAGAAUAGCAGCAUGUCGAAUAUGCUCGAUGACGAAGCACAACAACAGCAGCAGCAACAUUAUGAGCGACAGGGUGGCGGUGGCAGUGGCGGAGGAGGUGGUGGCGGCGGCAAGAAGCACCGCACCAAUUCCAAUUCGAAAGGCAAUAAGCCGCGUUUGAAGAAUAUUGGUGGCUCCUCGUCGGGCAGCGUUGACGGUGGCAACUCGAUUAGCAACAAUACAUCGGGAUUCAUAUCAAGAGUUUUCAACAACUCAGAGAACUCGAGCGAGCAAUUCACAGAUCAUGGUGGCACCGAUUUGUUCAGUUUCUUCAAAGAGACGCUCAAUAAGCAUCCAAAGGAUCGGCAUUUCCUGCUGAAAGUGGAGAAAGACCUAACCGAAUUCGUGUUGGAAAAAAGUCGCGGUGAGUUGCGCUUCCCACCGGCUUCAUCAUACAAUCGCAUGUUGAUACAUCGCACAGCGGCCUUCUUCGGCAUGGAACACAAUGUCGACACCGAAACGCAACAGUGCGUUAUUGUGGCAGCCACCAAGAACACGCGCAUACCAGAGAUACGCUUCAAGUCGCUGGUGCGCGAUCAUCGCGACGACACACGCAAGUCAAUACUGAAGCGCGACACGCACAGUUUCGAUGAGGCGCGUCAGAGUAGCUACUUGUGUCCGGAUCGCGGCAGCAUGCUCGACCGCAAAGCCAAGAGCUUUGAAGAACGCGAGGAGGACUAUGAGCGCGCGCGCAGUCGCAUUUUCAAUCGCAGUCAAAAUGACAACGGCGACGGCAUGGACGAUGGCUACAUGAAUGUCAGCUGGACGCAGUCGGUGGAACAACAACAACAGCAGCAGCAACAACAUCGGCCUCGCCCCAAUGGCAAGAUGAUGAAAAUGCAAAAUUCAAACGAGUCACGUGAUGGUCGUUCCGGUGGCGGCGCAGUUCCCAAAUCACACAACUACAAUAACUACGGUGGUGGCUCGUCACAAGGUGGUGGCCCACCCAUGAUGCGCGGUGACUCGGCGAACUCGGGCAAAAAUGGCGGCGGUAGCGCGCGUUGCUUCUCGAAGCAGGAUUCGGCUGGCAGCACAAAUACGCCAUGGCGUUUGUCACCAUCCAGCAGCGGUUAUAAAACUCAAACACAAUCGUUGUAUUCCGAUUCGGUAACACCUUCACCAAAUGGUUAUUGUAGUGAGGAUCAAGCCGCGACGGAGCCGUACAUAUUGACAACGGACAGAAUGACCGUGUGUCAUCUGCAGUCACCAGUUCACCAUAUGCCGCCACACCUGCAUCUGCAACCGACGCUAUUGUGUGGUGCUGGCGUUAUGCCGGCGCAUUGCGCUGACGCUGCGUUGACGCCAACGCCGACGCCAUCCAUGGAGGAAGGCGUGCCGCUGCCCAGGCGUGGUCUGGUGUGGGCCGUCACCGACAUUUCAAGUGUGCCCAAGGGCAGCGUGCUAAUCAAUCCGCAAACAUUGCAACCUUUUGUUAACCAAGACGGUUCAAUUUAUCACUUUGACCCGUCCAAUCUGCCACCCAACCAACAGGCCACAUACCAUCCAAAUCAGGGCAACAACACCGCCAAUUAUGCACAACAACAAUCGCCACAACAGUUGCCGCAGCAGCAACAACAACAACAAGUGCUGGAUAGCACCACAAAGAAGAAUAAAAGCACACAACAAAUGUCCACACCUUCGCCAGCCGAAUCGCCAGCAGCUACGCCAACGCCCCAAACUCAGACGCAUUGCAUGAGCGUCGCGUGCAAUGAAAGCGCCGCCACCGUACCGUUGGCCGAGUCUGUGGCUGAAUCCUCUACACAAACGGUAUCCAUGUGCGGCGACGUCAACUGCGACGGCAUUGGCUUGGAUAUGGCGAUCAACGCCACCGAAGAAGCAUCUACGCAAUCGGGUGCUGAUGAAUGCGACAACACCUCGGCCACGGGUUGUUUGAGCAUCACCACCACAACUUCCACCAAAAGUUAUGACCGAAUCGAGGUGCAAAAGUUCAAAAAUCAAGCCACCAGUCCGAAUAUACCAGCGGAAAAGGAUGAGCUGCCGAAGCGUGAGAAUGCAACAACUUUGGAUGCGCCAAGUGUGCGUGAACUGCAGCCGACAACGGUAACACAGCCACCAGCACAACCACCACCACCCAGUCAAACGCCAACGAGUAGCGUCAAUGUGCAGGUACAACGCGAGACACCACAUUCGGCGCGCUCAACACCCUUCAGUACCAACGAGUCGACACAAGCGAAAAAUCGCGCUUCCGAAGAACCCAAGCCCACAACGUGGACAUACACGCAAAGCUACCAGGCACCAGAUGGUUCUACAGUCUUUCACACCACCACCACACCCAGUGGUACGCCGUACUGCACCACGACAUAUCAGCAAGGGCCUGAUGGUAGCGUUUAUGCCAUUCCACAAGGCAUGGUCUAUGCCUAUCCACCGCCAGUUGUAAGCCACGCCCCACAGAAACAGUUGAAAUGUCAAUUCAAUUCGUUGUCUGUUUUACAGGAGGGCGAAGUGCAGAGCUAUUUUAUGCCUGUAUUUGAUCCGAAUCAACCGCGCACCGAUGCCACCGGUCUGAUACCAGCUGGAGCACAAGCCAUAUAUCCGGCGGCAGCGGCAGCAGGCAGUACAGCUACAAUGGUACCCGUCGCAGCCGCUUAUCCAACCGCACAAUUCGCCACGGCCAAUGGUACGCCCAUCUAUCCGGGUCAAUUGAUAUAUUCGAGUGAUCAAUUUGUAACGGGCGCAGCUACAGUCGCUGCAGCAGCACCGGCGAAUGGUCAACUGCAACAGAUACCGAUGACCACCUAUCCAAUCGGACAUCCAUAUGCCUAUAAUAGCUACUGGGGUCAACCGAUGACAUACUACGUGCCACAGCAAGCGCUCACGAACGCUGUCGCAGCAACGCCACUCCUACCAGCACCGCCACAGCCACAACCACCUACAACUGCAACCGCCCAACCCGUGGCCGGACCACACAUUACUAGCGGUAUCAACAUCGCGAAUGGCCUUGUAGCAGCCACGGCGGCGGCUGGACCGUCGUCGAACACCACCGUUGGAGCUUUAGGCAGUGGUGGUAGCAAUGUUGGUGUUAGUGGCCAUCACGUUGUUAACACCACGGCGGCCACGAACAGCUAUCAAACACACAGCGGCACAACAUAUUUCGGUACAGGGCGUGUAAAGCGGCCGACAUCUUCACAUUACACCAAUCAUCAGAGCAGCGGUCAUCAGCUAGUAACAGCAGCCAUCCCAAACAACGGCAGUGCAACUACCACAUAUCAAUUGGGACACGCAGUGCCCACCCUCACGCUAGCGCCGGCACCAGGUAGUGCAGCAGCCGCAGCGGCAGCUGCAGCAGCAGCAGCAGCUGUGAAUACAACAACCGAUCUCAACGUUGGCAAUGGAGCGGCCCCAGCUACAGCCAUGUAUACGCUGCCCCAACAUGCGGCACUAUUGCAUGCGAAUAUCUUUCCCUAUGCGCCUGCCACUGCUGCUGCCGCCGCCGCUGCCGCCGCAGGUGUUGCGGCCGGCACACCACCAGUACACGCAUCUGGCGUUCCACCAACGGCUGCGCCACAAAUAGCUGCGGCCAGCAUGGCUAGCGCGGCAGCUCAUGCACAACAAACAAAUGCUGUGAUCACCCCAUUCUAUGCUCAUCACCCGCCCAUUACAGCUGCCGCACAUCCCACGCACGGCAGCUCCACCGUACACACGCCUGGACCAGCUGCCAUACCGAUUGUCGACCCCAGCACACUGACGGCCAUCUCGCACCCAACACCAACCGGUGCAAACAGUUCAAACAACGUGACGCCCGCCUACAGUGGCGGCGGUAGCGCUUCACAGUCCGCGCCCAGCACGCCACACUCUGUACCUACUCAAACUGCACAGCGCAAUCCGCCACUCUUCUCCACACCACCCAUUAUGAACUCAAAUGGCGGCAACAACAACGGUGGCUACAGUGGCAGUUCCACACCGCAGUACUACACGGUCAGCGGUGGAGCAGAUGGUGGCACAACGCUUAUGAGCAGUCCACAUGGCAACUCGUAUGUGCAACACGAAAAGCGCAACAACAAUUCAAAUAUGAGUGGCAGCAAAAAACCGCCAGCGUAUCCAAGCAAUUCAUUGAGUCGCCAGAACUCAACGUCCUACAAUGGCACCGCCAAUGGCAAACCGCCUCUAUUGGGCGGCAAUAACGAUACGCGUGCUUCACCAAACAGCGGCUACCAAGGCUCACGUCCGCAUGGCAUGAAUAAGCGCGGCGGCGGCGGCGAUAAGCCACAAACGCCAUUGCUCAGCGGUCCACCAAGUUACGGCAGCGGACCAAGCAUGCCUGCCGUAAACAGCAACAACAACAGCGGCUACCACGUACACCACAGCAACUCGCCAUCUGAUGCCAAGCCACCAAUACGCUUGAAUGCAGGCGCAGCAACGUUCCGUCAGAAAGGCAGCGGUGGUGGUGUCGCCUAUGAAUACAGGCGCAGCGCUUCACAACGCAACUCGCCAGGCACUGGCAACUCCAGCAGCAACGACAAUAGCAACAAUACAUCGCCGAAUAGUAUAGUCGGUUCGAGCGGCGGUGGUGGUGCUAACACACCCAAUUGCUAUGCCGCCACAGCAGCAAGCGGCUACAUAAACACUGGCAUCGGCAUAGCCAGCAGCGGUAUGGUCGGUGGUGGUGAUCAUCAGACAGUUGCAACCGCAACCGGCACACCAUUGUACAUUACACCAGCGCGUGGCGCACACAUUCCACCACAACUGCAACACGGCGGUAUGGUGGCGGCCGCCGCUGCUGCUGGCGGCACGGCAGCCGGUCUCGCGGGCACUCAACAAGCCACCACAGCAGCGGUGUUAGGUGGUGCUGCAGCGGCGGAGGUGGCGAAUGCAGCUGCUGCCGCCGUAGCGGCGACUGUCGCGCAUCACCAGCCGCUAUUGAGCGCUUAUCAACCGGGUGCAUCAGGUGUCUACAUCAAAUACGGUCAAACCUAUUAUGCGCAUCCCUCAGUUGCUCUACCGAACAGUCGCCGAUCGCCCUCGACCGAGUUGCGGCCUGCAAUGGCGCCCGUAGCUGGCAUGUACCCAACCAUGAUGAUACCAGCUGCUCCACGGCACACGCAAGGACGUCAUCCGAAUCCCAACUACAAAGGCAACCGGCCACGCUAGACACUGCGCUGAAUGCAAGACACUAUCCACAACAACAGCAAAAACAGAAAUUCAGUGCAAGCAAGAGGGCCGCCACUGCAAGCUACUGAACUGGAGGGAUACAUGAAAACGAUGACGCUAUACCAAAACCUAAAACUAAGUUUAAGCUAAAAAAAAGUACCCUAACCUAGUAAAACAUAUGCGUAGAUAAACAAUAAUUUAAACAUAAAUGAGCAUAUUAGUGAAAAACAAAGACAUAAGGCAAAGUAAUAUACAUACAGUAGCAACAAAUAAGAAAGAAAUGCAACAAAAAAUCUAACAGACAGAAAACGGCCAUUCGUGACCACACAUACAACAACAACAAGAUGAAGAAAGAUAGCUGCAAUAAAACAUAAGAGCGAAAUUUUGAAAAAUAUUUUCCGGGCCAUUUUACAAAAAUAAAACAAAACAAAGCAAAAUCGAAAACAAUCACAUACACAAUUUUGGCAUACAUAUACAAAGAGGAAAUUUUCGCAAAGAAGAACACAAAAAGACAAACUUCAAUAGCCAAUAGCCAAUUCAAAAGCAUUGCAUCAUACAAACUAAGAAUCUUCCACAAGCAUAACGGUAAAGAAUUCGAAAUGGAGUACAUCGUAUACUGAAAUAUGUCGUGCCAUUGCUGAAAGAUGCAAAAUUAUAAAAUUAAAUACAUACAUACAUACAAGCAAAAACGAAUACAAGGUAAAAACACGAAACCAUAGCUAAAAACAAAAACAAAAAGUGAAAAUGGCACACAUAAAAAGAGACUGGCUGACUUGAGUUGCAAUUUUGCAGUGCGCGCUCUUGCGAGGGGAGUGUGAGUAGGAUGAAUUAAUCAUUAAAAAUUCACGCGUAUGAUUUUCAAAAAUAUUUAUUUUUUUUUUAACUUUUUAUACUUUAUUUUUUUGGAUUUGUUCUUAUAUUUUUAUAUAAAUGGAUUAAAAUUAAUUAUUUAUAUGUAUAUUAUAAAAUCUUUUGUGAAAAUCCAAAGUAAAAUGUAACUUUUCACGCAGCAUGUCCUUAAAAAGUAAACAAAACUCUCUCAAAAAUUGCUUUAAUUUAAAGUUCUUGAAGUGUUACUAAGCGCAGAUUUCCCGAACGCAUCCAAUAGACGAAGACUACCGAGUGUGCAUGCACUGAAUAAAAAUGAAAACGAUGCCAACUCAACCGCAGCAGUCAGUCAAACAGUCAGUGUCUUUUAAACAAUAUAUAUUCAUUUAUAUAUAUACAUACAUAUAUAUAUAUAAAUAUAAUUACACGAUAAAGUAAUAAUAAUUUUAUAGUAUGUAAACAAUUUUACUAUACAUAAUAAUAAUAAUGAUAAUCCUAAAGGUAGACUUACAUAAAAGAAGAAGAAGAAGCUGUGUAAACACCUAGUAAAUAAUGAAAGGCGAAAACGUGUACUAAAUUAAACUUAAAACGAAGCAAAAACCUGUAAUGCAUAAAUCUAAAUUCAUAGAACAUAAACGUACGUAUGUAAAUCGGCUGACUACUACUACUACACACACACAUAUUCACAAUUUUCUACAACACACACAAAGAAAUCUAAAUCGAAAAUGUUAAAAUCAAUUCUUCACCACAACUACAGCGCAACACAGGGUACAUGCAUAGGCUUCAUAAGUAGUGCGUAGGCGUUGCCUGUGUAACGGUUUGUAAGUUGUACGAAAGCUUUAAUAAAUGUACAGUAAACGCGUUGAGAACAAUAAAUUCUAUUCAAAACAAAAUUACUAGCUUAUAGAUUGUUUUCUAACUAAAAUAUAUUAUUAUUAAGAAUUUUACACAUCUGGCAAAUGGGAAACGAAAAAAAGUAAACUUUGAAAGUUUUAUUCAUUAUUAUAAAUGUAUGCGAAUUCUAAAAAUGUUUCAUAGUUUCGAAAACAAAAAGUGAUAGACUAUAUUUAGAAUAACUGCCGCCCGCAUGGGUAACGCCUACUGAAAUUUAAACGCCCGAAAGUGCGCUGUGGUUGAGAAAGUAAUUUUUGUCUUUGUUAUUUUUUUUUUUCUUUUUUAAUUUUUAUUUUUAAGUGUAAAUGAAAUUUUCGACUUGACUGCCUUCAAAAUUCUUUAGUUUAACAAGCACAACAACACAUACUACAAUAGCUCCAAACCGACUGCUGACGAAAUUCGCAUACCGAUUGGCAUACCGACAGCUACACAUACUCGUAUAGUUUACCACAUAAGCUAUAUACUUUAUUUAUAUUAAUUAAAAUUACAUAUAAAUAAUUAUUUAAUAAUAUAAACAUAUAUACGCAAGUAUAUGAAAAAGAAAAGCAACAAAAACACAAUGAAAGUCCAAUAUUAGUGAAUAUGUUAUUAUUAUUUAUGUUUAUUGCUAUGAAAUUUAUUUAAAUAAACUAUUAAUAUUGGAAAACAAAUACACACACUUGCUAAUUAAAUUAAUAAAUUAAAUUAUAGCAAAAUGCGAGAAAGUUGAAAAUUCGCUUGCAUACUUUUAGGUAGUUUUCGAAACAAUUGACAUUUUUCUACACUUAAUCAGGUUGUUUUACUGCGUUGCAAACUAUCCAUCUAUAUUGAGGCAAUCGUGAAAUAUUUGGUGUGGCACGCGUGAGUUGUGAUUUAUUUGUGGAGCUCUGGCGGCUUGAUAACAAUUAAUGCUUAUUUUAUUGAUUUCUUUAUGUACAUAUAUAUAAUUCUAUCCAAGUGGGAGAAAAUGUAAAGUUACUCUUUUCACUCGACUUGGAUUGAAAUAUGUAUGUACAUUUAUGCAAAUUACCUCUAUUUUCACUAUAUUUUUAAGGCAUAUAUAGUUCAGUAUCUUACCAUUCCAAAAUCCACAUUCUGAAAUUAUGGUUUUAAUUAAAAUCAUUCAAAGUUAAAAAAAUUACAAAAAAAUCAGCCUUCGAGGUUCAUUGAAAUUAAAUAUACGAAAUCGAGUCUUUUUCUAACAGUCGUUAUAAAAAUAAAUACGUAAGCAUUUAUAAUUAAUUUCCUUUCGCAAUUCAACAUUAUCUCGUUCGGCUACACGUUGGGGUUUAUUUUUUUGCAUUUUUAUUGCACUGAAAGCAAUGGAUUUUUCUCAGAUGAAAGAAAAAAGCAAACAAACAUGAGAAAAUGUUGUGAAGAGGAGGUUUUAUUUUAAGAAAGUUAAAAACCCUGCAUUAUUUAUUGAAAACUAGUUUUUUCUAUUGGUUUUGUGUUCAAGCGACUGUUAUAGUACGACAAAAUGCAUUAGUAUUAGUUUUUAUACUUACACCUAGACACGGUUUGAAAGGUAAAACAAAAUUAUCAUGGUUUUAGGCGUUUCAAAACUUGAAUUUUGUUUCAUAUGCACACUUUAAUUUUCAUUUACAUCCUUCGCACAAACAAUCGUCUUAUCAUUUUCUGAAACCUAGCAUCCUCCAUAAAUCAGUGUAUAAUGUAUGUAUGUAUGCAUUGUACGUAAUAUUUGCAUGUCUAAAUGUAAAUACAAUAAUUUACAUACUAGUACAGUUAUCUACAAGCCAAGUACAUAUGUAGUAUAUGUUAAUAAAUAAUUAGCAAAAAUGUAUGUAUGUACAAUAUUAAGUGGAAACAACGCGAAAGGCAUGGAAAGUAUACAAGAGCACACUAGUGGAACGUAUUCACAUAGCCAGAAAUACAAAAAUAAAAAAACUAUGAUAUAUCAAUUAUUAAUAUCAUACGAAAAAAGCAACAAAAACAAAAUUUCAUAAUGAUUUUAACUCUUAUAUGAAAAUUGUAGCAUAGAACAUAAUACCACAUACAUAAGGGAAGUCAAUAAAUCAUAUGUGGAACGUAAGCUUACCGAAUUUCUAACUAACGAACAAUACAUAACAGUACACACAUUUUUCUCCAUAAUCUUCAAUUAUCUACUGUAACUUCUACUUCUAAACAAUUUACGAUUCUUAUGACAAUUUGCCAUGCAAACUACGAGCAAUACAAAAAUCAGCAACUGCAAACCGUUAAUGAGUAAGUGUGUGAGAGAGAGAGAGAGAGAGAAAGCGAAUAGAACCGAAGCGAAUCAAAAUGCAACCAUAGCCAAUUUUAAGUUGCCGUUAAACCGUUAAAACAAUAACUAAACCGAUAGUGGCAGUGAAAAAGAUGAAGAUAUCACAAAUUAUAGGGAUCUUAUGCCUUCGACACCCUGAGGGCCUUCCACAAAGUAACCAAACAAAAACUGCCUAUCCACACAAAAUGGAUGGAUGCCAACGGAAGUUUCAAUAAUAUGGCAGUGAUUGUUACACACACACAAACACAAACGCACACAUACAUGAGUACAUAUGCCUGCGUGUCUCUAUGUAUGUGUGACUCGGCGUCAAGUUACUACUGAAUACUCAAAACGAAAUAAAUAUUCCACACUGUUAGCACUUUUCUGUUUUGUUCUCGUUAAUUAUCUAAAAUUUUCUGUUAAUUAAUUAACCUUGCUAUCUAACUAAGAAUAAUUAAAUAAUAAACCUAAAUAUUGUAGCUAUUGAAUAAGUUCUUAAGUGAUGGAUGAAUGUAUGUAUGUAUAUGUAGAUGGAUGUUUAGGGUGGUGGACAUAGGGGAGAAGUGAUGAAGCUAGAAGCAACUAAAAGAAAUGAGAAAAGAGAAAAUGCGGACCGAAAAAAGUAUUAUAAAUAAAUUAGUAUCAAGGCAAAGGCAAGUGAAGGGAGCAACGGGUGGACUUAUACACACAUAUACAUAUGAGUACAUACCUACGUAUAUAAGAACAUAAAUCAAGUAUAUACACACAAUUACAUAACUGCAAUAUACUAAAAACAAAGAAGAGCCGCAAAAAUGAUCGGUGCAAAAUCAUGAUGAAACACAGAAAAACUAAUGUGAGAAAUAAAGGGAAUCAUCUCAUUGGAGCAUAAUGAGAAAAAACUUAAAAACAGUAUGUGGAAAUAAUAUAAAAUACAAAUAAUAAUGAUAGUGAAGAAGUAUGCAAUUAAAGCUAUUCAUAAUGCAAACAAAAACAAAACAACACAACAACUUAUAAUGACAAUUAAUUAUAAAAAGGUAAAACUUAUUACAUAAAAAACAAAAAAGUAUAUAUCUAAAAAAUAUUGAAUAUAAUGUAAUUAUUUAUUUUAAUUUAUAUACACUAGAGAGAUAAAAAUAUAUAUACAUAUUAAUUAAGUGAAUUUUAAA